AUGUGUCAGAGAGAGAAUUUCGAAGACAAUGUCCCUUGUGUCAAGGGUGAGAAGCAGGAUGAAUAUCAAGAAGUUAGCAAUAAUUUAAGGAAUCCGCUAAUGAUUGUUGAAAUGAUUGCAAAUAAAUUAGAUUGUAAAUGUGUUGCAGAGUCUCUUAACUGUAAAUUUGAAGGUGGAGAACCUUCUAGUUGUAUUUGUUAUAUGGAAAAUAUUAAAGAAUAUUAUGAUUUUGAUCAUAUCAUCAUCAUCGGAAAAAUUUAUGUUGAAAUUAUUUUUCUGAACUGCUACAGUCAUGUGUUUAUAUGGGAAUCAAUGAAUUAUGCUUUGUUGCUGCUUAGGGAUUAUUGUAAUAAAGCAACAAAGAAUAACCGUCCAGUAUGA